UCUCCAGAAAGUUCCAAAACACCAACUCAAUUUCAUCAAUCCGUCUCUAGAACCUUCUUACUCCACCCCUUAAAUUUAAUCACUCCAUUUCUCUCAAACCCCUAAACUAAACUAACCGUAAAUAACUACCCAUUCUUAUUCACUCGCUUCUAAAAUUGAGUCUCGCACACAAGCUUUCUUUAUGAAGGGAAUUUUGGUGAAAGAAGAAGAAACAUUACCAUAUACAAAUGUUGGUUCAUCAUCAAGUUCAUCUUCUUCUUCCAAUUCAAGUCUUCAACCAAAACCAAUGGAAGGGUUACACGAAACAGGUCCACCUCCAUUUCUCACCAAAACCUUUGAUGUCGUUGAAGAUCCUUCCACCGAUGGAAUCGUUUCGUGGAGCAGAGCUCGUAAUAGCUUCGUCGUCUGGGACCUCAGUAAAUUCUCCACUGCAAUUUUACCUCGUUACUUCAAACAUAGCAAUUUCUCUAGCUUCGUUCGUCAACUCAAUACCUAUGGUUUUAGAAAAGUUGAUCCGGAUCGAUGGGAAUUUGCGAAUGAAGGGUUUUUAGCUGGACAGAGGAACUUGUUAAGAACGAUUAAGAGAAGAAGAAAUGUAGCACAGUCGCCGUCUAUGCAACGAGAAAGUGGUGGUGCUUGUAUUGAAUUAGGAGAGUUUGGUCUUGAAGGUGAGAUUGAGAGGUUGAGAAGAGACAGAUCUGUUUUAGUGGCUGAAAUUGUGAAAUUGAGGCAGCAGCAGAAUAAUUCAAGGGAUCAAAUAUCUGCUAUGGAAGCUAGGUUGUUGAUUACUGAGAAGAAACAUCAACAGAUGAUGGCUUUUCUUGCAAGAGCACUCAGUAAUCAAUCUUUUAUUCAGCAAUUGGCAAACAACAAAGAGUUGAAAGGUGUUGAAAUGAAGCGAAAGAGGAGGCUCCCUGCUAGUUCAAGUUUGGAGAAUUUGCAGAAUGAUUCCGUGACGAUGAUGACAGUGCCAAUUGAAUCUGUGGUGGAUUAUUCUAGUCGAGAACAACAAGAGGGUUUGACUGCUAUUGAGUCUGAGAUAGAGACAUUGUUAAGUGCUUAUGAUAAUGAAUCAAGGAGUGAAAUCAAAGAUCCGAGUGCUAACGAGAGUAAUUUGAGUGAUUGGGAGGAAUUACUGAACCAAAAGUUGGUUGGUGGGAAUCCAGAGGAUGAGGUUUUGAUUGGUGAUUUCUCACAAAUUGAUGCGCCGGUUGAGGAUUUGGUAGAAAAGAAUGAUGAUUGGACUGUGGAUUUGCAGAACCUUGUUGAUGAAAUGGAUUUUGAACCUUAAUCAAAAUGGUUGUAGAAUUUUGAUCUUUGUUUUUUUGUCACUUCACUUGCAUCUUGCUGGUAUGGGAUUUGCUGUUAUUGUUGUUAAUGUUUUAUGAUCGAUGAUUAAUAAAAAUUUCUUUGAUGGUAAUUGAUGUAGAAUAUGAAUGGCUUUUAUGCAGCAGGGAAGAUUGUAGUUGCAGAGGAGGCCAAAAGAUGUGUAUCCUUUAUUAAACAACAGUAUAAGUUGUGUGAAGUAGUUUGAAUAAUUGCUUGUGCUACAUAAGUUAUAGUACUAUACUAUUUUUAAUUAUGUCCUUUUGUUUGUAACUUCAUUUUGCAGGUCUUUACUAAAAGCAAAGCAAAUACUCAAGAAGAUUAUGAUGGAAUACUAUUUAGUGGAUUGCCAAAUGUUCAUUGUUCACGGAGGGUGUAUAACUUUUUUUUAGAACGUUUCAAUGUUCUUUGACAAUUUCAAAAUAGAUGGACUAACUGUCCACUAUUAAAAGUUUAAGAUUCUGCAUUUUCAGAUAUAUAGACAGAGUCACAUGUUGAUUAAUGUCGGUUUUCUUGUGUGGCUGAAUUUAGAUAAUGUACUUAUAUGUGAAAAUGCAUUGAAGUUGAGUUAUGUGCACUAAGUUUAAUUGUUUUUUUUAUAGAUUUUUUAAAAUGAGAAUACUUUGGUACA